GGAAAACCAAGACAGUUGAAGGCACCUGUCAUCCGUAGUCAUAUUGUAUUCAUCCCAGCAUGGGUUGCCAUAGAACAUCUAUGAGACGAGAUCUCCGUACUUAAAGACGCCGAGCCUACUGCUAUUUGUGACUUUCCUUUUUUCUCUCUUCAUCCUCUGUGAGUUAUAGUAUCUCUAGUUGAUCAAGCUUUCGUUUCGCCUUCUUAGCAGCAUAUUCACACAAGCUCGUCGCCGGCCGACCUUUACCAUUCUUUCAGUCUACAGCAAAAGACGACCAAUCAGUCAAAAUGAAGUACUCUGUCGCUAUCUUCGCUCUCUUCAGCACCCUCGCCAUGGCGGAACUCAAGAAGGUUCCCCGAUCGGAGAAGUCCAACAUCGUCUCUCGACAGGCUGGCGCAGCUCAAGUGCAGACCGCUGCUAUGGCUAGCGCCAACGGAGAUAUCAUUCCUUUCGACACUGCCGGUGUCUACAAGGCCAGCACCGACUCGGGCUUGUAAAAACCCACGGGUUAGAAUACGACAAUUAGGGUGAUGGAUUAUCCUGUCCAGCAUACAACUCAACCAUUCGACAACAAUCCUUUGACGGAUUCAAGCGAGGAACCAUAAAUUGUACGACAACCGGCGUCAAGGGUAUAAUAGAGUAAUA